CCUGCAGUCCGCCGUCCCUGAUCCCCUGUCCCUGCCCCUCCCCUGCGGCCUUUUCCCAUGUGCGCUGAGCUGCAUCAGACCCAACAAGAACCGUGGCCACCAAAAACGCGUACGUGCGUGCCUGUGUUUGUGUGAGCUACAAGACACGCCCAUGUCUCAGUGGCAUUUGUCCGAUACACCAUACACAUGGAACACAGGCAUCGUGGCAACCGACAGACCUCCACUCCCCCUCCGCUUGCAUAUAAAUAGGGCCCGGGAUAAUGGGGCAUCGCCUCUUCCAGCAAACAUCCAUUGUUCAAUUGUUCUCUGCAGCUAAAAACAACAACUACUGCUACUGCUACUCGACACCAACGACAACAAUCACCAGAAAAGACAUAUAUACCCCUACUACUCCUGUUCUCUUUCAAACAACUUCGCCCAGCAUCCGCUACAGCUGCCCCCUUCUAAUUAUGUCCAACCAAUACAAGCACACUCCAGUAGCACCCCUCUCUGAGGCUAACCUGUGCAGGCACACUCUCCAGAUGAGCCCUGUGUCGCGACAGGCCAAACUGAACAAUCUUCUGGGCUACGUUGAUCGCCAGCGAGAACUUCUUUCUUCGGAAGAGGAGACUGAAGAUGUCGCCGAUCGGAUGGCCGGUAUUGGCAACACGCAGUAUCAGCCGGUCAAGGCUUCUUCGACCCCACAGAAGCUCUUCAAGCACACUGGAAAGCAAUUUUCCGAGCCCAUUGUGUCACCUUCAUUAAACACCUUCGCACAGCAGCAAGUCAGCCCCGUGUGCCCUCCACGCAGACAGGAACGUAACCAUGGAUUGGACCCCAGCAUGGCCUUGCCUCGAGCCCUACCAAGGAACAUGACGAGCCACCGUUACGAUCUCAGUCUCUACCGCGAUUCUGCUGCCGACGACUUUGACGCACUAGGCAGUCCCAAUGGCUACUCCCCUGACUACGACUUUGCACCUUACCAAGGCUGGAGACAGGGCGGCGAUCGAUCAGCUGCACGCAGAUCAUUCACCAUGGUCAAGCCAGCGCGGUACAAUAUCUACGAGGAUUUCGAGGCACAGCGUAGACCUCUGGUGAGACAGCUCAGUGGCUCCUCGAGUGAAAAGGUCAAGAAACUGGGUCGGCUCGGCGCUUUCUUGACCAAGGGUCGCCGCACCAACCUUCGUCGCAACGGCAGUCUAAACGCUCCUACCACUAGGAGCGAGGAGUCUGGAUCGACCGAGAGCAGAGAUCGAGCCUUCCAGUCCCUGAGUUACCGCACCGGAAGGGCUUUUGGAACUGCUGCCCUUCGCACCGACUCUUCUGACAGCCACUCGGACGACAUUAAGCUGAGGAGUUCCGUCAAGCAGAUGCUCCGCGACGUGUUCAAGAAGUCGAACAAGCCCUCGCACGAGACUGCCGAGAUCUCGAUGGAGGAUGGUCUGCUCGAGGAGCUCAGCUUCAAGGCACAGGAGCAGAAGCUGUUCACCCUUUGGCCUCAGGUUGAGCUGGAUCAGGAUUCGUCUUCAAGUGAUCAGUCACCCUACACUGCUCACAACCCAUGGGCACCUGAGCCAGCGCCUCUGUCCAAGAUCCACCGCUCAGCCUCGUUCAACCAUAUUCUUAAGUUUGAUUUCGACAAUGAUGACGAUGAGGAGGAGAGCCAGGCGACCUUGCAGUCAGCCAACUUGGUCCCCAUCGCGGCGCUGAUCCAGGAGCUGUCGAUGUUUGGAUUGGAUUACGUCAAGCCCAACCAUGUUGCAGCUGCUUAAAGCAAGGACAGUCAGCUCUGAGAGUGCGGGGCCUUGACAUUAGUCGAGGCGGCCUUGUAUAUUUCCUUUUUCAUGGUCCACUUUAGUCGAGCUGAAUUUUUUUCUUACAAUACCCUUACCUGUUCAUACAUAGUACAUAGCACAAUACCCCCAUAUACCACGUCGAGCCCCAUAGUGAUAUUGAAUUAAUGAAGAUAAUAAUAGUAAUAACGUACUCAAACCGG